UGGGGCUCAGACAACUGCUGGGAGGCGGUGGCGCGAGGUGGCAUCCAAAUGCUGGAGGAAGGAGAGCCACCUUCUCCAGACCCUGUCCUUCCCCAUGAGGAAACCACAGGAGAUGAAGGAAUGGCAGCUGGUCUCACAGUUGGGACCCACGUGAGUUUGAAAUUCGCUCUUAGAGGCAGGCUCUUUUUCCUUUUUAAAAUAUUAAGAGGUUUGGCAUACCUGGGUGGCUCAGUCGGUUAAGCGUCCGACUUCGGCUCAGGUCACGAUCUCAUGGUUUGUGGGUUCGAGCCCCGCAUCGGGCUCUGUGCUGACAGCUUGGAGCCUGGAGCCUGCUUCGGAUUCUGUGUCUCAUUCUCUCUGCCCCUCCCCUACUUGUGCCCUCUCUCUCUGUCUCUCAAAAAUAAGUACAUGUAAAUAAAAAAAUAAUAAUAAAAAAUAUUAAGAGGUUUUUGUUUCUGUUUGUUAAUUACAAAAGGAAUUCAUGUUUAUUGUAGAAAACCUGAAAAACACAGAAAACACACUCAAAAACUCACCCUUAUUCCCACAGAGAAUUAAAACACUUAACUUUUUCAUUUGUGUCGUUUCAGGCAUAUUCUUCCUUUCCUUUUCUUUUUUUUAAGAUUUUAGUUUUAAAGUUUUGUGUUUGUGUGUAUGUGUUUUGUUUUGUUGUUUUAUUUGUUUCUUUUUUUGAAACAGUAAGAUUGGGCAGGGGAGAGGCAGAGAGAGAAGGAGAGAGAGAAUCCAAAUCUCACGAAUCGUGAGAUCCUGACCUAGGUCAAGAUCAAAGUUGGUUGCUUAACCAACUGAGCCACCCAGAUGCCCCAGGAUUUUAUUUUUAAGUAAGCUCUAUACCCACCAUGGGGCUUGAACACAACACCGAGAUCAAAAGUCGCUUGUUCUACCGGCUAAGCCAGCUAGAUGCCCCCAUAAGUCUCCCUUUUCUACUUUCCCAAAAUGGGUUUGUAACUUUCUUUUUAUUUCCGGUUCACAGAAUUAGAUCAAUAUUUCUCUCAUUUCAUUAAGAGCAUUCUACAGAAUCAUUGCUAGUGUAUUCCAUUGCAUAGUUCUACCAGGGUAGGAACUACCUUCUCUUUUUACUUGACUAGACUAGGUAAUGGUCUGUUUCUUUUCCUUAGAAAGUCUGCUCUUGGAUUUUCUUAUCAGUUCUCUUAAUAACAGAUUUUUCUUUUAGUUUUUUGCUUUCGCUUUUGUCAGAUUUAUUUUAAAAAUCGAUCUUUUAACCUCUUAUGUCAGAUUUCUAAUUUGUUUUCUUCCUUUCUUGUUUAUAGUGAAAACGCUUGGCUGUGGGUCCUAUUUUCUUAGAUAUUCUCGAAUUGUCACUUUGGUUUCUCUGUCUGCCUAUUCAGCUGGUCUCUGUUCCAUGGAGACAGAGUGUGUGUCUUUUGUCAACCCAGAACACCCAGGUAUAGAGUAAUUGCAGAAUGGAGGGUUUAAUGGCUCUAUUAGCUCAACCUUAUUAAAUUGCUCAGUUCUUCCAUUGCUCUGUUUUGUUGUUUAUUUUGUAUUAACCCUGCUAAUGGCUGAGUUCUUUUAACAUCUCAUAGCUGUAGUAUUUUGAAUUUGUUUUUGUACUUCCUACAGUUUUUUUCUUUAUGAAUUUCUUAUUGUUAUUUCUAGUUCAUGAGAGUUACAUCUUUAUGGUGGAUUUUAUUCUCUUGACCUUUACAAAAUGACCCAAAUGUUUUAAAUAUUUCAUAGUUUUUAAAAAAUGACCCUCUUUGUCCUGUGUGUACGUACUGCAUUUCUCAGUAUGAAGGAUGGGGUUGGGAGAACAGGUGAAAUUAGAGGUCAAAAGAUGUAUUAUACUUUGGAAAAUGAUGCUGGCCUCAAAUAAGGCAGUAACAGGGCCACAGAGAGAAAUGUGCAAGCUCUAGUGAUCGUGGGGGGGAAAUGAAGAUGCAGUGAUUUGUUGCAGGAAAGGGGACGAUGACAUACAGGUUUCUGGCGUGGCCAACGAGGUAGAUAGAAGUGCAUUACUUGUGCUGAAAACAGACACGAGGACUUCCUCACCUCCGUGCCUUUGCUCAUUGUGCCUCACCACCUUCUCUUUCUCCAUCUGAUGAGCUCCCUCCUUCAAGGCCCUCUCAGCAAUCACCUCCUCUCUGUGGUUUUCCUGUGCUCUCCACCCAGGAUUCCUUCUCUGUUAUCCUGGCACCUGGUCUGUCUGUGUGUCUAACAUGCUACUACAGGUAGUCACACACACAUCUGGCGUUCCUUUUGUACUGUGUGAUGUCCAAGUUCAUAGGGAUGUUUAUCACGCAUUCUGAAGAAUUGACCUUUCACAGUGCUUUCUGAUUUCUCAUAGCAUAAACGUAUACAUUCUAUUUUUGUUUUAUCUACAUUUGCUCUUUCAGUUCCCAAGCACCUGUUAGUUUCUGCCCAGUUACUUCUUUUAUAUAGAUACAGAUGGAGGUUCAAAAAUGGCUUGAGAGCGAAGGAAGGAGCCUGGGUUGGUGUGUUUAUGGUGGUUUUGAAGGUCUAAAUACCCAAUUCCGGCGACAUCCUCCAAAUGAAUGAACUGCUCAUUGGCUGUCCUACCCGGCCCGUGAAAUAUUGUUUCUCCAGUAUUCCCAAUACAUUUCCAACAGAUUAAGGUCAUUCUGUGACCGUGAUGAAUCAAGACAGAAACAAGGCCACUCCGUAGUCACCUCCAAACUGAGACAAGAAAAAAGAAGAAUAUCGUCCAAACAACAAAACUGACCAAACACCCCCUAUCCUAGCUAAUAUGAGUAACCACUGCUACUUUCCCAGUUGUAGUUUUGGCCUCGCUGCAUUCUUCCUUUCUUUUAGGUGUGUUCCUGGUGGUCUUUGGCUGGAUGGUGUUGACAAGUUUUUAAGAGGGUCCACCGAUGGACCCAUAUAGUAACUGCAAUAUGGAAUGCAUUUUGUUCUAACAAGCAAAGUCUUUUCUUUUUUUCAUUGGAAGACCUGUAAACGAGACGACAGGUCAUGAAAUAUCACUAUUUACAAAUAGAACUGCUCAAAAGAGAAACUAGACAAAAAGAAAGAGAAAAGGUUGUUGAUCUCAUAACUCCUAGGGCAAGACAGCUUGGUAAAAGGGUAGAGGGAUGGAUAUAUAUGUAUCUGCAUCUGGGUAGGUGUAUGUAUAUACAGUACACAACAUCGAUGAUGUUAGGCGGUGGAUGCUCACGGUAGAAAUCUUUCAACGUUGCUGUACGUUCGAAAAGAAAUUUAAGAAAAGAAAAAUGCUGCAAAGGAGAACCUCACAAAGCUAUCUGUCUUUCUCGUUCUUGGCUUUUUCCAAGGAAAUGAGGCUUGAGCCAGCUUUCCCGCUACAGGCGUGUUUUGGCGCAUUUCCGUUUCAAGGCAAAAGAGAGGGCUGGCGCUGAAACCGGAAAUGGCGCAUGUGUGUGGGCGGGACAAGCCAAUUAAAGUGUCUGUUUCUCUCACGAGCUAUAGGAGCAAACAAUAAAAAGCUUGAAAGCCUUCCUUCCCUCCCCCAAAAAUAGAUACAGAUGUAUACGCACUCUAUGUAUAAAGUCUGUCAGAGUUGUAGACAUGCAAAGAGACUGUAUUUGAUUUAUUUUUGUGUGUCAGUAUCCUGUAUAGUGUGAGGCACGUAGGAAGUGAUCAAUCAGUGUUUUUCUUAAACUACUCAGAGCUGCCUCGUAUCCUAAGGCCACUGGGCAAGCCAGAAUGUGCUUGUUUGGGGUGCCUGGGUGGCUCAGUCAGUUGAGCGUCCUACUUUGGCUCAGGUCAUGAUCUUGCGGUUUAUGAGUUUGAGCCCCGUGUCCGGCUCUGUGCUGACAGCUCAGAGCCUGGAGCCUGUUUCAGAUUCUGUGUCUCUGCCCCUCCCCUGCUCACAGAUUCUGUGUCUCCCUCUCUCUUCCCUGUCUCCUGCUCGAGCUCUGUCUCUUAAAAAAUAAAUAAACAUUAAAGGAAUGUGCUUGUUGUUUCAGGGAUCCAUGCCCUUCAGCAGUGUGACUGUAGCUUUUACCCAGGAGGGGUGGAGGCACUUGAUCCCUGCUCCUAAGGACAGGUUCAAGGAGGGGAUACCAGAAAACACCAGGAACUUGGUCCUGCUGGGAGGGGCGGGGUGACCUCAGGCCAGUUCCUCCAUAUUCAGUAAGUUCUUGUCUUUUUUAAUAACUUGCUUUGGGGACUUCACUUCACUCCUUGACUUGACCCCUCCUGGGCACUGUGUCUGUCUUAAUUACUGCUGCAUUCCCCAGUGCCUGGCACCAAGUAAGUGCUCAAUAAAUACCUACUGAGUGAGUGAAAUAAGCGACCUGACUAGUGUGUUUCCACUCCCUUGAGUUCUGGUGGCUAUUUAUACUUAAUCUACAUCUCUAAAGCCCAUUUUCCCCCUUGAAAAGGACUUCCAGUGUCCCAGCCUGGCAUGAACUCUCAGUUGGAACAAAGGGAAGAAGGCCCGUGGAUGCUGGAGGGAGGAGGCCUGAGGAGCACCUGCACCGACUGGAAGAUUAUGUCUGAAUCACCACCCGAGCAAGACAUUUCUGAAAAUUCAUUCCAAGACACAAGUAUAGAGAUGCCCCCUGGGGAGUCAGACCCCAGGAACAGUGAACCAGGGAAGGGCUUCAACCUGAGACCAGUCCUUUCUCCACAACAGAGAGUUCCUACAGAAGUGAGACCCCGCAAAUGGGAAGCACAUACAAAGAGCCUCAGGAAAAAUUCAGAUACCACGAAGCCUCACAGAGCGAAACCAUAUACGUGCAGUGAAUGCGGCAAAGCCUUCAGUUACUGCUCCUCCCUGUCUCAGCAUCAGAAGAGUCACACUGGGGAGAAGCCGUAUGAGUGCAAUGAAUGUGGGAAGGCUUUUGGCCAGAGUUCCUCUCUCAUUCAGCACCAGAGGAUUCACACCGGAGAGAAGCCUUACAAAUGCAACGAAUGUGGAAGAGCCUUCAGCCAGAACGCCAACCUCACCAAACACCAGCGAACUCACACGGGAGAGAAGCCCUACAGAUGCAGCGCGUGCGACAAGGCCUUCAGUGACUGCUCAGCCCUCGUCCAGCAUCAGCGAAUCCACACAGGAGAAAAGCCCUACGAGUGCAGCGACUGCGGGAAGGCCUUCCGCCACAGCGCGAAUCUCACAAACCACCAGAGGACGCACACAGGGGAGAAGCCGUACGAGUGCAGGGAGUGUGGGAAGGCCUUCAGUUACUGCGCCGCCUUCAUUCAGCACCAGCGAAUCCACACGGGGGAGAAACCCUACAAGUGUGGCGCAUGCGGGAAGGCCUUCAGUCAGAGCGCAAACCUCACAAACCACCAGAGGACUCACACGGGAGAGAAGCCCUACAAGUGCAGCGAGUGUGGGAAGGCCUUCAGCCAAAGUACAAACCUCAUAAUCCACCAGAAGACCCACACUGGGGAGAAGCCCUAUAAAUGUAAUGAGUGUGGGAAAUUUUUCAGUGAGAGUUCAGCCCUCAUUCGACAUCACAUCAUUCACACGGGAGAAAAACCCUAUGAGUGCAAUGAAUGUGGGAAGGCAUUUAACCAGAGCUCCUCCCUAAGUCAGCAUCAGAGAAUCCACACUGGUGUGAAACCCUAUGAAUGUGCCGAGUGUGGGAAGGCCUUCAGGUGUAGUUCAGCUUUCAUUAGACAUCAGAGACUCCAUGCUGGGGAGUAACCAGAAACAACCAAAAAGCGGGUAGGGACCUGACAGGCAUUGCAGGUAGUUUGAAAACCUCUGGAGACAUCAGGCUUUUUAUAGUCUAGCUCAGAGCCACGUGCAAAAAAAAAAGCACCUUUAAUAAAUAGUCCCUACUUUACAUGUUGUAUGUGGAAGGUGUGGAGAGCUCUUCUUUUCAGGAAGCAUAAACUACC